AUGAAAGCACAGAACAGUCACGGUAACGCACGUGCCGUUUGCGUAGAGCGACAUCUUCUCACUGUGCUUUUUUUGCAGGUGGGCUUCCAAAAGAUCCUGACUCUAACCUACGUGGACAAGUUGAUAGAUGACGUGCACAAGGAGUUCAGAGACAAGUACCGCAAUGAGUUCCAGCAGAAAGGCACCCUGGGCCUCCUAAACGGCACCUUCGAUUUUAAAGAUGACUUUUUGCGUCUCCUCCGGGAAGCGGAGGAGAGCAGCAAAGUCCGAGCUCCCACCGUGAUGAAGACAUUUGAGCAGUCUGUGAAGUCUCAGAAGACUGUCAAGUGUAUGAUAGAGACCCGAGGGGAGAAACCAAAGGAGAAAGGCAAGACCAAGAAGAGUAAAGGUUCCAAAAAGGAGGGAACGGAAACUGUUACAGCAUCCAGUAAAGCAGCCCCAGGUGAGAAGCAGCCUUCGUCAGCUGGGGACAGGGAGGAACUGACCAAGGAUGAAAUACUGCAGAAGAACCGGGAAGAAUUCUUCAAGAGACACAUGAAAGCAGGGGAGAAGUCCAGCAAGUCUCCGAAGCCUGAUGCUCAGAAGGAGAAGGGGAAGAAACCCCGAGUGUGGGAUCUGGGGAACUCCAAUGCCAAAGUACUCGAUUACAGUGACUCCACUACCAAUGGGAACUCGGAGGCCUGUCCCGUGGAGGAAUUUGACCCUGAUGUGGCCCUGGGGGAUCGAAAUCGGGAGCCUGGCCGCCUCUAUGACCUUGAAUACGAGAGUGAUGAAGAAGCUGAAGAGGAGAAGGUUAUUCAGAACACUUCAAAACCCAGCACAAAGAAGGGUGGCCUCGGAGGCAUGUUUGGCAUGCUGAAAGGCCUGGUGGGCUCCAAGAGCUUGACAAGAGAGGACAUGGACCCGGUCCUGGAAAAGAUGAAAGACCAUUUGAUCGCAAAAAACGUGGCAGCUGAGAUUGCAGUCCAGCUCUGUGAAUCAGUGGCUAAGAAACUGGAAGGGAAGGUGAUGGGAACGUUCACCACGGUGACCUCAACAGUGAAGCAGGCCCUACAGGAGGCUCUAGUGCAGAUCCUGCAGCCCCAGCGCCGUGUGGAUGUCCUCCGUGACGUCAUGGAUGCGCAGCGUCAUCGCCGGCCCUACGUGGUCACUUUCUGUGGUGUCAAUGGUGUCGGGAAGUCUACCAACCUGGCCAAGAUCUCCUUCUGGCUCAUCGAGAAUGGUUUCAGCGUCCUCAUCGCCGCGUGUGACACCUUCCGUGCGGGAGCGGUGGAGCAGCUCCGCACGCACACCCGCCGCCUCAACGCCCUGCACCCCCCGGAGAGCCACGGCGGGCGGACCAUGGUGCAGCUCUACGAGAAGGGCUACGGGAAGGACGCGGCGGGGAUCGCCAUGGAGGCCAUCUCUUACGCUCGUAACCAGGGCUUUGACGUGGUGCUGGUGGACACGGCGGGCCGCAUGCAGGACAACGCCCCACUGAUGACUGCUCUGGCAAAGCUGAUCGCGGUCAACGCUCCCGACCUGGUCCUGUUUGUUGGGGAAGCUCUGGUGGGAAAUGAGGCUGUGGAUCAGCUGGUCAAGUUUAACAAGGCGCUGGCUGAUCACUCCAUGGCCCAGACGCCCCGGCUCAUUGAUGGAAUCGUGCUCACCAAGUUCGAUACCAUUGAUGACAAGGUCGGCGCUGCGAUCUCCAUGACCUACAUCACGAGCAAGCCCAUCGUUUUUGUUGGUACUGGACAAACCUACUGUGAUCUGCGUAGCCUUAACGCCAAGGCUGUGGUCGCAGCACUCAUGAAGGCCUAAAAACAACGAUUGCACCAAAUUGCUGUUUGCAGAUGUCUCAGAAGAACAUGCUUUACCCUGUGACUGACUAGUCUUUCCGGUGUAGUGCAAAACAGAAUGAAGGGACGCGGGUGCGAGAGCUGUGCUUCCCCUGCCUGCCUGUGAAUCCUUCCACUGGCUGCGUGAGUGUAAACUAGGGCGGUGGUGUUUCUGGUCCUUGUGCUUACUCCAGUUAGCUCCGUGCUCUCCUGCCGUAUUUAUUGACUCCAGUUUAUUUUUGGAUAAAAGCUGUCUUCUCCAGCUGGAGCACUCGUACCUGGUCAGUGCCGGGGCUUCACCCAGUGACAGCCUUUCCCCGCAUCCCUUCAUUCUGUUUCAGUGACUCGGCCUCCCUCGCAGAGGCUGGAACCAGAGCUUUGUAUUGUUCAUGCUGUACGAGUGGCAAUGCAAGGACUUGCUGUGCUUUGGGGCUGUCCUGUUGCUAGCAGCAUCUGGGGGCUGUCUGGGGGGUUGUUGGAGGUGUUCGCUGAGCCUGUGAGCUCUGCUUCUGACUUGCAGACCAGCUUAGGGAGGAUGCAGGCUUGUUUGUCAGGCUGGAGGCAGGCAAGCAGUCCUGCGGGCUGCAGAACAGGGACAGCUGCUGUGUCGUGACAGCGUUAGAACAUCUGACCGUUCGCAGUGCUGCUAGCUUGAGUGUAGCAGCUCACCAAAGUUGAUAAACCAAAAAUUGCAACAGCCUGCCCCUGUGCUGGGCAAGCAGGGGCUAGAGGGGGGAUGUUAAAUUGCCUUAAGGUCCCUAUUUCUGUUGUCAGUGGGAUGCUGCUGCAGGGCACCCAGGUGCUGCAUGUUGUGGCAGGAGCUGGGGAGCUGUGGCAGCUUGGUCUGAUCACCUGAAUUGUUCUCCUACCAGCCAGAGGGGGACGUGCCCCUGUGUGUCUUCUGCCUGCUGGCCUCAGUGUUAUUUGCUGCCUCAAAUAUGCUAGCAAAAGGAAAAAAAUACUGGAAGACAAGGGUGGCUGCUUGCUGCUUCCCUGCGCCCUUCUCCCCCUUUAGAGUGCCUCUUGAUUCUGGGCUGAAGUGCUACACUGAAUAAUACAAAACUCUUACAACGUCUUGUAGCUCUGUCUUGCAGAUGUGCUCUAGUGCAAUAAAUUGAAUGCUGUCUGCUAAGAGACAUAAUUUAUAAAUAAACUUAAUAAUUUGUUUUCUGCCUAUAUA